AGGAGGCUCGGCGUGGCCGACCAGCUCAUCGAGGCCAUCGAGGGCGUGAAGGUCUCAGGCUGCUUUACGGAGCAGUGCAGCUACCUGGCCCUCGCGCGGGCCCUCAGGAUCGAUGCCGGGGCGCUGCGGCUGAUCUGGAGGACGGGCGCGGGGCCCGAGCGCCAGCGCGGCGGCGGCGCCGCUCUGGCGGGCUCCUGGGCAGGCGCCCCGGGCAACGGCGGCGGCGCACCUGGCGGGAGCGAGGCCGCACGACCCGGCGGGGCGGACUCGAAGCUGGCAGCCCUGGCGGAGAGAGUGCGCAGCGCGGCCCCCGGGGCCGUGGAGGCCUUCUGGCGGCGGGGCCCCCUGGGGCGCUGCUGCCACCUCUUCUGGGCGCACAUCCCCUGUGGACCGUGACGCUCUUCUUGGACCUGAGGCUUCGGUGCGCCUCUCGAGCGCUGGCGCUCGUGGCGAGGGUCAUGGGCUCGCUGGCGCUCAACGCCUGCUUUUUCGUCUACUUCGAGGGGGGCACGUCGAGGACAAGCGACCCCGGGUGCGAGGCUGAGAGCACUCGGGAGCGCGUGUUCAGACACGUCGCGGUGGGCGUGCUCACGUCCUUCGUUGCCGCGGUUCCGACACGCCUCGCAGCCUUCUUCCUGGUGCGCCGGAGGUUUCUCUACCGGGAGCGCUGGGACGAGGGGAACCGGCGAAGAAUGCUGCGGAGCUGGAGGUGCGCGGACCUGGCCCACUCCUGCUUCCUUGCAUCGUACUCGCUGUGCGCGAUUUUCUUCACGGCCGUCUUUCUGUCACACGCGAGCGAGGCCACUGGCACGGAGUGGUCCGUAUCCUGCUCGUUCGCGCUGCUCAAGGACACGUUCCUCCUGCCCCUGGCCGCGUGCCUUCUCCUCUGCACCGGCUCGAAGGUCCACUCGCUGGCCGACCCCCAGGCCGCCCUCAGGGCCCGCCAGCCCUUCGAGGGCGCGCAGCAGAAGCUCCGGGACGCCGGCACGCCUGCCGGGGGCGCCGCGGAGGAGAAGGCGAAGGCCCUGCAGCCUCGGAGCGCCGAGUGCCCCCCAGGCGCCAGCCGCGCCGGCCGCGCCCCGGGCGGCGGCGGGGCCGCCCGGUGGCCAGGAACCGCACCGCCCGCAG